CGCAGUCGAUUCAGUCAAUGCUCCGCGUCCAACCGAUCAAGUUGCUUUUGAAAGGGGAUCCGAAAUAUCCCCAGUGGAAAUUCUCGUGUGUGCAUCUUGCCUAGGAUUUCGCAGUUGUCAUUUCCCCCCGCAACGUUUAUAAAUACCACAGUCACACGUCGAAGUGCAAUUAAUACAACGCGGUAGAGGAAACAGUUUAUACCGAAUUAUUUUAAUUCGCCGAGAAGCAUUUUCUUGCACGUGGGAUAUCAUUAGUAGCCUGCAGGUAUGGCUGAAGCCCAUGCCGCCGUGGCAUUCUCGUUUGCCAUCACCCACGAGGGCUUCGACAUCAACUAUGACCACGAGGUGCUCAACUUGGUGUGGAAUUCAGGAAUUCGCUCCUGGAAAAAGCGUUUGGGACGCGCCAGGAACGGCGUACGCAAUGGCGUCUAUCCGGCCCACAUCCAGAGCCUCUGGCUGAUCUCGGCUAUUGCACUGGGUCUGCACUUUGCGGGCUACCAGGCUCCGUUUAACCUGACCAACCGGAUACUGGUGCACCUGCCCUCCAACACAAUAAACUGGCAGGUGGCUGCCUGCUUUCUGGCCGCUCUGGUGGUCUGGCUCUCGAUUUGCUUCACGAUGAGGUACACCCUCAAGUUGCUGCUCAUGUACAAGGGCUGGAUGUACGAGUCCAGAGCGCCUGGCAGUCGAGUCUCCCUGCCCACCAUGCUGUGGGUGGCAGUGGUGCGGGUACUCUCCAGUUGGAACAAGCCGGGCCUGUACAGCUUCCAGGGAUCCCUGCCCAGGCUGCCGCUGCCCUCCGUCAGUGACACGAUGACCAGGUACCUGCGGAGUGUUCGUCCGUUGCUGGACGAUGAUAACUACACGCGCAUGGAGCGACUGGCCAAGGAGUUCGAGCAGAACAUCGGCAAGAAGCUGCAGUGGUACCUCAUCCUCAAGAGCUGGUGGUCCACCAACUACGUGUCCGAUUGGUGGGAGGAGUACGUCUACCUGCGUGGUCGCAGCCCCCUGUGCGUGAACAGCAACUUCUACGGCACGGAUGCGAUCUUCAUGAACCUCACCGAUAAGCAGGCGGCGCGAGCGGCCAAUGUGAUCUCCCUGCUGCUCAACUUCCGUCGCCUGAUCGAGCACCAGGAACUACAGCCUAUCAUGGUUCAGGGCAUGAUUCCCCUGUGCUCUUGGCAGUACGAACGUACCUUCAACACGGCUCGUGUGCCCGGCCUGGAAACCGAUCGCAUCAUUCACUACAGGGACUCCAACCACAUUGUCGUGCUGCACAAGGGAUGCUAUUACAAGAUGCCCAUCUACUACAAGGGUCGCAUCCUGCGUCCUUGCGAGCUGCAAGUGCAAAUUGAGGAAAUCCUUAAGGGAAAGGCCACUCCCGUGGAAGGCGAGGAGCACUUGGCUGCCCUGACCGCCUGGAAUCGCUCCAAGUGGGCGGAGGCCCGCAACACAUUCUUCUCGAGGGGCGCCAACCACAUCUCCCUGCGAACCAUCGAGUCGGCUGCCUUCGUGCUCUCCCUGGACGAUGAGCCCUUCGAGUUCGACCUGGCGCGUCCGGAGCUCCUGGACAACUUUGGCAAGAAGCUGCUCCACGGCAAUGGCUACAACCGCUGGUUCGACAAGUGCUUCACCGUCUGUGUGGGCACCAAUGGACGUGUUGGCUUCAAUGCCGAGCACACCUGGUCCGACGCCGCCAUCGCCUCACACAUGUGGGAGAACCUGAUCGUCGAUGAUCUUGUAUCGGAGGGAUACGAUGAAUCUGGCAACACCAAGGGCACCCCCGAGUUCCAGCCACCCACACCAACCAGGCUCACCUGGGAUCUUAAGCCCUGCCUGCCGCAGAUCGAAGAGGCCACCAUCGACGUGACCAAGCUAAUCAACGAGGUGAACCUGCGCAUCCUGGUCCACCAGGAGUACGGAAAGGGCUUUAUGAAGAAGUGCCGCAUCUCACCGGAUGCCUACAUCCAAAUGGCCCUGCAGUUGGCCUACUAUCGGGAUGCCGGUCGCUUCUCGCUGACCUACGAGGCCUCCAUGACGCGUCUUUUCCGGGAAGGAAGAACAGAGACGGUCCGUCCCUGCACCAUUGAGUCAUCCGCCUGGGUUAAGGCCAUGCAGAAUCCCAACACAACCAACGAUGAGCGCGUGAAGAUGCUUCAGGAUGCCUGCGAUCGCCACCAGCUGGGCUACCAGGAUGCCAUGUGCGGCCGCGGGAUUGACAGGCAUCUGUUCUGCCUCUAUGUCGUUUCCAAGUACCUGGAGGUGGACUCUCCCUUCCUCAACGAGGUGCUCAGCGAGCCCUGGCGCCUGUCCACUAGUCAGACUCCGCACGGCCAGACGCCGAAGAUGGAUUUGAAGAAGCAUCCGAACUGCAUCAGCGCUGGCGGCGGCUUUGGACCCGUGGCCGAUGAUGGAUAUGGUGUGUCGUACAUCAUUGCCGGAGAGAACCUGAUAUUCUUCCAUAUCUCAGCGAAGACUACGUGCCAGCAAACGGAUGUGCAUCGCUUCGCGGAGAACAUCUCGCAGGCUCUGUCCGACAUUCGCAGCAUGUUCGAGCAGCACAUGAAGGACCAUCCGAAGCCCGCCAAAUCACUCACAAACGGCACCUCCACAUAAUCCAUGUAGUCGAGAUUCUUGUUAGCAUUUGUUUUAUCCCUUCUAGUUGAUCGUUUUAAACACAUCUUAAACAUCCGUCUAGUGUAAGCUCCAAAUUAAGUGCAAAAGUCGUCGAGAGAGUUAGACAUAAACAAUGCAAUUUUUUAUAAACAAUUGUGACUUGGCUGAUUUUAAGAUUUAGUCGUUAGGUACUUUUGCACAAUAUUUGAUGUUUCUCAAUCAAUUAGUUUGUAAUCGAAGAAAUCGUGUAAACUUAAGUGCUAUAAAUAUAUUUCAUUUUAAGCGUA